CGAGAAGUGCGCUCUUGCCUGUAGAAGGUGUUUCGAACAGAGCCGCAGCACAUCUUUCCGCAAGCGCAUCUGAACCCGGACAUUUUCUCGUACCGCGUCACAUCCAGGAUGAUGAUCCGAGCCUCUAGGAGGUAUAUUAGGGCGUGAACCUGCUAUCAAUUAGCCAGUGCAACUCGUUGCUCUAGAGGACACAGCGCAUCUAUUCGAAGAACACCAUGCCAAUCGCCAUGUUCAUGAACAAGCUCGCGACUGCUCUCCUUCUGGCUGUUGCCUCGUCUGUCGCUUCGGUCGCCGCAGGUGACGUCCACGUCGCUCGCGCGACUUGGAAUCCCAAGAUUCUCUCGCCGAACACGCAGACGGUAUGGGUCCGUGGACAUAUGUACAGCGUCACUUGGGACGCGAGCAACCCGCUCGCAAGCGUCACGAACCCCAAUGGCACGCUCACUCUCGGCAAGACAGGCCAACAAGGCGUUGUCACGUUGUCCGGUGGCUUCCCCCUCGCGGACGGCAGCGUUCAGAUCACUGUUCCUUCGAACAUCGAUGCUGGCACUGACUACAUCAUCACCCUGUACGGCGAUUCUGGCAACACUAGUGAUGACUUCACCAUCCAGUGAAGGCCCGCUGGUGGUGUGAUGGAAGAGUUAGUUGCAACUCCCCCGGUCAUUUCUUUACCCGACUUGCUCGUUUAGUUCUCACUACAAUUCCUUCCGCGCUGCGCAUGUUCCUGCGUCAGCGAAUUG